AUGCCGAGGGUCGUGCCUUGUCCGAGGGAUCAUGUGACGUGUCUGAUUGGGAUUCAUGGCUUCUUGAUCAAUACAGCAAAGAUCAUGUGCCGAGUGACCCCGCGCAUGGGCCUAGUGAAGCAGGUGCUGAACCUGAAGUUCAGAAUGGUUGCACCGCAGGACUCCGCGACGGGGUGGUUGUCAACAUGCGUGUGGGACCAACGCGAAGCAGACCUCAUUCGUGCAUUGUCAAAGUGGUGCCUAGUGUUUGAAGCCUGGGACGUGACACGAACCAACGUUGCAGAUCAACUCUUGAAGUGCGAAUCAACAGAUGCUUGUCAUGAGCUUUUGUCGGAUUACUUGGCAAAGAAGGCCCCGAGCACCUGCUUAAAGAGGGCGAACAGCAUGCUACGCCUUAACAAGUAUGUGGCCAGCGAAGGGUUCCAGAUGCCCACUUCAGAGCCAGAUCUGUACCAGCUGCUGCGAAGAGGCAAGACGGGUGGCGCAUCGCUCUCGGAGUUGCAAAGCAUCAUGGAAGCUGUGACCUUCGUGCGGUUUGUAUUUGAUGUAGAAUGUCUUCAGAGCUGUGCACGUAGGAAGCGUUGCUGGGGCCUUUCAACUGCCAAGAAAGCCGCUCUUGUGUCCAGAGCAGACCCGAUGAGAGUAGCAGACAUUCUCGAAUUGCAUCGCAUCCUGUUGGAUGAGGAAGGUUCGCUUUGGGACCGACUGAUGGCCGGUUCUGCACUUUACUGCAUCUACGCUAGGUGCAGGUGGUCCGACGCGCAGCACAUUGACAUGUUGGUGUUAGAAGCGGGCGAGACACUGUUCAAUGACUUCGGUUCCGCUGUAAUCGACAUACACAAGACGAUGCAUUUUGCUUCAAGAGCCCCUCGCUCCAUGGAACUCGUCGCUGUAGGAAGAGGGCUCGACGGGUCCGAUUGGCUAGCGACGUUUGUAGCUGUCAGGAAACUCCUCGGGUGCUCGUACGAGGACGGCUUCCCGACGAUGCCGGCUCCGAACAAGCAAGGACUCCCGACCGUUCGAGCCCUUAGUUCUGCAGAGGACGGACUAACGAAGCGGACCUUUGUGCUGGUCCCGGAGGAAUCUCAAGCGCCCGCUUUCGGGGCAGUGCAAGGUCUUCAGGCCGAGAGUGCACCGUCUGUGACGAGCGGGGGACAUUCACCUCUUCUUAGUGUGCAGAGCAAGUUCUUGACCUUUCCAGCCACGGGUGAGGGCCUGCCUGCGUCGCCUCUCCGAUUCGAGGAGGUCGCGGAAGCCGAGAGUGCUGGGCAUUCCGUCUGUGCUAGCAUCGACGAGGUCGACCCCGAUGAUGGCACAUCCGCAGCUGGAGACACUUCUUCAGAAGUCCUGGUAGGUUCGAGCUUCCUGAGUGCCAUGUCCUUAGUUGAUAGCGAGGCCUCGUUCAGGGCGCGUUGCCUUGAGGUCUGCGGAAGCUCCGAACUUUACGAUCUGCUGGUUGAUGCAGGGAUCAAGACUCAUUCGAUCCUCGCUUUCAGCUGCGGAACUCCGACAGCCCAGCCGACAGAUGUGGAGUUCGCCUCCUUCGCAAACACAGUCGUGAAGGGGCAUGCAAGCAUCGGCCAAGUCAGCGCCCUUAAGAGGCUUCAUUUCGAGUCCUCAACGCUUGUGGUUGCUGCACGUCGUACCAUGGUUGAAGGCGACACGGGUGAUGCUUCCAAACGUUUACCCGUAGCAGAAAAAACGGCUCGACUUGCAGAGGCGAAGCGGCGCCUCCCAGGACUCGUGAUAGAGGAUGAGCUCGAGCCCAGUCAUGCACUCUUGGAUGUGAUCUCACACAUGGGUGAAGCAAACUCAGUCGUCUGGGUUCCUCCGUCAAAGUGUACCAAGAGGGAUGCCGAGCUGAAGCUGGGGUUGAGGGAUAAUCAAAAAUUCCUCACGGUUCAGGAACACGGUGUGACACUUGCUCCGGCCCCAGACAAGCUUGUCGCUGAUCACGCGACCCCUUUAGAAGUACAAUGGUGCCUGCAACGCAGAGGGAUUGCAUUCUUCAUGUGCGGUUUCAUGAGCUAUGAAACUCAUGAUCGGUGGGUUUCGACUCUUUUGCGAGCACUGUCAUCGGAGGUCCCACCAGGGUACGCUCCUAUCUCGAUCCAGCAGAUGUUGCGUGCUGACUCCGAGAUGUUUUUGUUGUUUGCGAAAGAAGUGAAUCGAGUGAAGCCUACUAGCACUGGAGUCAUGGAGAUGGAUGAAAAGAUGAAGCUGUUCAGGCACGAUCCCAGGAUCACAUCGUAUCUGCAACCGUUGCAGAAAGCCACUGCCAGUGUCGUGCCGCCUCCUCAGCCGCCCCAUGAAUCAGCUACAGGUGCCCUGGCGCGCACUUCGAAGCGGCAGAAGAGGCGUGACGAGAGGUUGAAAGCUCCUGUCAGGGUUGACAACCUCCCAGAGGAGUUGAAGACGUGCCCCCACCAUGCAGAUGCAGCCGGCCAUCGGUAUUGCUGGUCUUUCAAUUUGGCCAAGGGCUGUAAUGCAGAAUGCAAAGGAAACCCGCCGGCCUGCAACCGAGGAGUUCAUGGCUGCAUGACCUGUAGGCGCCUGGGUCACGGUACUUCCAGUUGCUGGUUCGCGCAGGGGGGCACGAAAGGCAAAGGCCGUGGGAAGAAGGGGAAGGCUAAGACUGAAGCCACCCCAAAAGAGUGA